AUGGCAGCACCAGCAUCUCGCGCGCUCAGGCGCUGCAUCUGCACCGCAAAGCAGACGGCUUACGCACGACCGACGAUUGGCGCCACACAGCAAAGGAUACAGCGGAGAUGGCAAUCAGAUGCGGCAGCUCCCACAAACCCAAAGAUUGCGACAAUCGUGGACCAAAUUAGCCAAUUGACGCUGUUGGAGACGGCAGACUUGGUCUCGACAUUGAAGACCCGCCUAAACAUCCCCGACAUGCCCAUGGGAGGUUUCGCCGCCGGCCCAGGAGGUGCCGGACCCGCCGCAGCAGCCGCACCCGUUGAAGAAGAGGAAGCCGCGCCCGCCGCCGCAGAAAAGACACUCUUCAACCUCAAGCUCGAGAAGUUCGACGCCGGCGCGAAACCAAAGGUCAUCAAAGAGAUCAAGGCCAUGCUGGGGUUGAGCUUGGUGGACAGCAAGAAGUUUGUAGAGAGCGCCCCCAAGAUGAUGAAGGAGGGUGUGCCCAAGGAGGAGGCAGAGAAGAUUGUCGAGACGCUCAAGGCGCUGGGCGCGACGGUCGUUAUGGAGUAG